AUCCCUCACCUCCACCAUCAUAUACUGCCAUCAUCAACAGACAUCAGAUUCACAUCACUAUAAUCAUCUUCAACAUGCUCUCACUGUGGCGCGCGCACAAAAUCCUCACGCGACACCGAUUCAGCUCGCGAUUUUCUGCAUUACUAUAAGGACCUGCAGUUUCUGGCUUUGAUAUGAACGCAAGCGUUUCAUAUCAUGAUCGCCAUGGAGAGAGGAGAAGCAUACAUGUUUUUGAAAAUUCACGGGAUUUGACCAGUCUGUAAUGUUUUCGGAGACCACGCGCAACUGACCGACAGACGCUAUUGAUGAUUGAUAAGAGCGGGGUCGGGUGGCCAUGGACCCCUUCAGCCAGCUGAUCUUGCUCAUCUCCGUGGUGAGCUUUUGCACCUUCCAGUGGCUCUUUCACAGCGUGAGUCCAUGGGCGUCAUCCAGAAUCAGCCCCGGCUUCCUCAAACUCACCCACAAACAGAAGAUCGAGUGGAACUCAAGGACCGUGUCCACACUCCACGCCCUGCUGGUUGGCCUCUUCUGCCUCUAUAUCUUGUUCUUCGAUGAGGCUGUCAAUCAAGACCCCGUAUGGGGAGAUCCAACUCUGGUGAAGAUAAAUGUCAGCAUUACUACAGGCUACCUCAUAUCUGAUCUGCUGCUUAUAUUUUACUAUUGGCGAGCAAUUGGAGACAAGUAUUUUGUAAUCCACCACCUGGCAGCAUUGUAUGCUUACUACUAUGUACUGGGUCAAGGAAUGUUGCCUUAUUUUGCUAACUUUCGUCUGCUGGCAGAGUUUUCCACGCCGUGUGUAAACCAGCGCUGGUUCUUUGAAGUGUUAGGUUACCCCAAAAUCUCCAAGCCCAACAUGGCUAAUGGGGUACUGAUGGCAGUCGUGUUUUUCAUGGUCCGGAUCGCCGUUAUGCCAGUAUACUACAGCCGGAUGUGCUCCGUGUACGGCACCGAUGCCUUCUACAACGUCUCCUUCGGUGGCCGCAGCGCUUGGAUCUUCUCCAGCAUCUGUCUGGACAUCAUGAACGUCAUGUGGAUGCAUAAAAUCGCUCGCGGCUGCUUCAAAGUCUUGCGCUCCAGUCGGAAGUCCAAACCAGAGAUCCAGGAGAAUGGGAAAAGCGAUUGAACGCAAGGAUAUAGCAUUUGAAACAUACAACACUUGAUCGCAUACAGGGUUUUCGUUGACCUUCGGAGGCAGACAACGAGUGUUGCGAAUACGUGGAACAAACCUAAAUGUGACCCUAAUCACCCCAAAGCAAUAUUUUUCGAUGCGUGGCCAACACUUUUACAGAUAUUGGACCUUAAACCAAAAUGUCAGUUUGAGAUCUUUUUCGCCAAUCAAGACUCCGCCCAAUCAAGGCUCCUGUGCAUGUUGAUAUUGUACAACUAAAGCGCCUGAACUGUAUUUUAACCGUGUUUGUUUUCAUCUACAGAAGCUAACGUUGUUUUAAUUUCAGACUGUGAGCGGGUAAACCACGUUAUUUAUUCAUCAAAACGCAGUCAUUCUCUUUGAAUCACUGUAUUGUGCCAAGGGGCCAAUGUUUUCAUUCACUUUAAACCUAUUGUACGUUAAAUGAAAGAUUCAUCUGUACAACUACACUAAACAAGAAAGACUGGAAAACCAACAAGAAAGACACCAGAAGACCAACUGUACAAACAGAAAGUGAUUAUUUUGGUAGUUCAAACAUCACACUGUACUUGUACUACCGGUUAUCCAGAGGAAAAUAUGGAUCUUUAAGAUCUGACUGUUUAUUAAUAUUGUUAGGAAAUUGUGAAAUGGGGGUUAAACAGCCAAAAUAUUUUUCCACAUGUGUGAGAUAACUCCUCUCGCUUUAUCUUAAGAACGAAAUCAGUUUACACCGCACCAGAUUCGGGUCGGAUUUUUGUUUUGUUACAAUAAAACUGCACUGUACAAUUUAUUGCAUGCAGCAAUGUUGUCCUCGGGAAUGUUCGCAUUGUACAUAGAAAUUGUAUCGGACAAAUAAUGAUUAUUUUAAUUACAUUUGCAUACAGUACUGAAACUAUCGGUUAUGGUUUGGAAAACGUUUUUAAAGAAUUACGAGAGCUUUAGAUACCCAAGUCAGUUUGACUUGUGAAUGUUCGAUCUUGAGACGUUUUCCUGCACCGUAACUAAUUUAUUUAACCAGUUUUACACUGGGAGAGCAUGGCAAAUAAUACAUAUUUAUUAUUUUUUAAUGGAAAGAUAUAAACUUGUCAAUGUAUCUUCUGAGUAGAUAUGCAUCAUAUGAGAGAUUUACAAUAUACAACACAGAAAUGCUUUUAUGAAUUCAUUCUAAAAUUCAUUCGCACCUUGUUUGAAAAUUCACUGUAAAAAUGCAGCAUGAAGUUAAAACAACUUUGUUUUGCAAGUCAAUUCAACCUACAAUUUUAAGUUUUGGCUUGUGAAAGUUGAUAUAAAAUUAAGUUAAAAUUGUUUUCCUUAUUUUUUAAGUUAAAGUAACAUAACAUAUUAAUUUGACCAAAAUGCUGCGUAUUUUUACAGUCUAUGUAUUUUAUGUGGAAAAUUCAUACAUGGACCGUAUAUUCAUUCACAGUAUAGAUCUGAGAAAAUGCUGGGUUUUAUUAAACACAUGAGGGUGGUUUCCCAGACAGUUUUUAUUUUUUUUAUUUAAGUAGUUUUUACAAGCAAACCUUACAAGAAAACUAUACUUGUGUGCAUCUUGAGACAAAAUAAUGGUACUGAUAUAUGUUAAAAUAUGUCAGUGCAAGGUGUAAAGCAGCUCAAACAUGCAUUUUAGGCUGGGACAAGCAUAAGCCCUGUCCGGGAAACCUCUUCAUGAAGGACUGCUGUUUGUGGAAAUAAUGUUUCAGUUCAGUUUUUUUAACAAAGUACUUGAAAUUAUUUUUUUCAGAGACAGAUCUAUAUAAGAGUUGUCUUGGACUUCCACAAGUUCAACAGAUAAAAGUCCUGGUAAUGUUUGCCUUUGAAAUCAAUCGUACAAAACGCCUUUUUUAAUAAACGUUUUUUGUACCACAUGCUUCAUUUGCAUAUUCAUGUAAAGGGAUGUACUGCCUCAUUUUUAUUUUUUUGUUUGUGCCAAUGUUGCCACCAAAGGUCAGAAAAAUGAUUGUUUGAAAGCUGUUCUUAAUCUUUGAUAGUGACUGAAUGGUAAUACACCAACAAGGCAGGUAAAUACAAACAAGCAUUUUAACUUUAAUCACUGAAAGUGUAAAGCAAGCAAAGAGAGGGAUCACAUUUUUUACAAGUUUUUACAAGCUUCUCUGUAAGGUCAGCACUGAUCUAUAGAUUGUUAAAGUUUUAUGUGGUUUAGCCUUUUUAUUUUUGCUAAACCUUGCUUUCCUUUAAACAUUUAAUUGUUACAAUACACAAAGGUACAAAAGGUGUCACUUGGACGGUACCCUUCAUAAAGGUCUUAACAUGUACUAUUUAGGGAAAGAUAUGUACCUUUUCAGGUACUAAUAUUCACUAAAAUGUACAAAUGUGUGACAGCUUUUGUUCUUUAUUUCCUGAGUGUGUAACAGUUUGAAUGCAUUUAGAAAUAAGAUAUUUUAAAAUAUCAGUUAUACACAACCUUUCAAUUGUGUAACUUUGGAAAUUCAAUGAGUCUAAUUUUUACCAUUUGAUGUAUGAAAUGUGGAGAGAGAGUACCAUAACAUUAAAAAAAAUAACCAUAACGUUGUCAUUUAUGCCAUAGGCCUAUGUUUACAUUUACCAGGGUUGUCACAGGGAUAAUGCCGUGUGCCGAAGGAAAGUACAUGUGUCUGGGGAAUGACAGCACAGUUUUUUAUUAAGCAUUUGUUUAUUCUUUCACAAGUCUGUUAAUUUUUCACGUACAUUUGCCUCAAUAAAGCAAUAUGUUCAUUUUCA